CCAUAUGUCUUCAACAGGCUUCCAUUUUCAGUUUCAGGGGCUAUCAAAACACACAGUGUGCAAAGGUCACAAUUUGCCUAUCACAGUAAACUGUUACUGUCAUUUGCAUCUGUGCUGCCACACUAAAAAUAAUGUGAACACAGCAUGCUUUCAGCCUGUCUGUUUGGCUUAUCCAGUCAGGAGGAGGCAAGGAUCUGCAAUAGCAGAAGGGGGAAAAAAAAGCAGAGAGACAUAAUAGGGAGUAAGGCAUCAAAAGGGGGGAGGCAUACAUGCAGUACAGUGUGAGUAUGUGUUGUUUCUAACAGCGAGGUAGGUGGAGAGGAGGAACAGGAGAAGGAGGAGGAAGGGGUGCUUCCUCUUCAGGCUGAGCUGAGCUGCUGAUGUAUCCCAGCAGCCCUGGUCAAUAGCAACAGGAAACCUUAGUAUAAAACUCCGCGUCGUGGGGGGAACCCUCCUAAGUAUCUCUCAGCCGCAGCAUGACCAGGACCGAGAGCCUGAGAGUGUGGACUUAAUAAGACAAUGCCCAGCCUAAUCGUCGAACCACUCAACACACAGCACUUCAUCAUGGACCAAGAUGACAGGAAGAGAAACAAGAACAUUGGAAAGAACUUCAUGUGCCGUCUCCAGUGCAUGUUCUCACACUCGUCGAGCUCUGAGAGGCUAAGUUUAGAAGAUACCCAACAAUGGUCACAGUCACUGGAAAGGCUUCUCGAGUCUAAAUAUGGAAUGGCCACUUUUCGCAACUUUCUCAAAUCCGAAUACAGCGAUGAGAAUAUUGAGUUCUGGCUCACCUGUGAGGACUACAAGAAGAUCAAGUCUUCAUUCAGAAUGUCUUCAAGAGCCAAGAAGAUUUAUGAGCAGUUCAUCAAAGCAGAAUCUCCUAAAGAGAUCAACAUCGACUAUCACACCCGAGAGCAGAUCAAAAGGAACGUCAAGACUCCCACCAUACACUGCUUUGACGACGCUCAGAAGAUAGUUUACGGGCUGAUGGAAAGAGACUCGUACCCGCGGUUCCUCCGCUCGGACAUUUAUAGAACUCUCCUGGAAAACCUUGCCGCCGAAGCCACGAAGGGAUGAAAGCACGCUCAGGGAGAGAGAGAGAGAGAGAGAGAGAGAGAGAGAGAGAAAAAGAACAUAAAACCCUUAACUGGAAUGUUUGAGCUCCUUCAGGAGGAAGGACCGACAACAAAGAAGGAAGGAGGGUCGACCCAGCGCGCUACACGGACACAUACAGAGGCCUCGCACCUCCGCCGUUGUCACUCCAGAAGCUAAUUGUGCCUUAGUCCCGUCAUGGGAGGAUCCCAACACUGAGCAUGUCACACCUUAAGGACUGUGUGAGAAGAAGACAAAAUAAACACGACCCUUUAGUGUGUGUUUGCACUGGAUAAGUCUAUAUACGCGGGAGAAUGAGCCACUUUUUGACAAUGAAUGAAUCAGUGAGGUGACUGACGCCCGCUCUGACUGUGGAGCUGCGUAAGCAAACUAUGCAGCAGACCUCCUUUGGCCUUCUUUGCAGAAGUGUUUCCUGUUUCCUGUGCAGAUUGAGAUAGAGGAUGUAAGAUACAACGGUCACACUCGAUUAGUUGCGUGUGUCUGGGUUCGCGCAUGUGUGUGUGUGUGUGUCUGAGAGAGUGCAAGUGAGUAUUUAGUUGUAGCUUUUAACUGCCAUUGAGACAGGGUAGGCUGUCCCAAAAAGAGUUGGACAAUUAUCUAAUGACAGCACUAAGGCAGACAACAAAUCCAUAGUGGACAGAGGACUUAAUAGCGAUAUGUCAUCCUUAGUAAAGGGUUGCAGAAGGCCGCUUGGUUCUGCAAGAGGCAUUCUGGGACACUUUAAAAGGAGAUUUUUCUCCUUUUUUAUGAUUGGACCGUUGUUGUUUUUUUCUUUUGUUUUUUUUGGUUUUAAACUGAUGUAGAUUUAAACUUCUAUGGGUGACAUUUUGUGCCACUAUUCAAUAUCUUUAUCCUUCUCAAAGAAAAAAAUAGUAGCAGUUUAUUUUAUUUCAAUAGAAAUAUGGAUUACAUUUCUUUCUUUUUUUUUAACUAAAAACAUAAUCUUGCACAUUUUUUUGCGUGGAAUCUGAACCAGAAGUUCCCUGUUUACGGCCAGUGGAUUCUAAUUGAAUUCCUCAGCACAAGACUACUGGCCGUUAACUUAGUCAAAACCAAAUUCUUACAGCACUGAAGUGUCAAGAGUUGUGAUUUAAUGUAUUUAACUAUAUGAGUGGAAUUAUUAUAGAGAUAGGAUGUUUCACGUUGCAUGAUAGGAUGGUAAAACUCCUUGUAUAGCUUGAGAAUAUGCCUUAUUACUGCUUUCCAAAGAAAUGUUGUUUGAAUGUAUUCUUUGGGGUUUAUAGUUAAGUUAACUUAAAAGUUAGACAGUGUAUUAUUUAUUGUUAUUUGUCACCAUUUGAGUACAACAUUUGUUGCAGUGUUGAAGUGCUUGUUAAAAUGUUAGUGAUUUGAAUGACAUUAAAUUAUUGUAUUAAUAAUUGC